CAGAAGAACUGAACUACAUUUGUUCCAUGAAAUUUUAUUAAUUUAUUCCCAAUAGUCUAUUAUUUUAAUUUCACUUGGCUGCACUGCUUCCAGUCCGUGUGAGUGUUAUAUUAGUAAUAUCGUAUAUACAUUAGCAAUGGGACUGUAUUUUUAAUCAAUCAGAUUUCAAAUUUGCCUCACCGGACCAGCUUACUAGCCCACAAUGUCAGCAUUAGUCUGUCCUCUGAUUGGUUAGUCAGAGCAAGCCAUGUUCAACUACAAAAAACACCUGUAACAAUCUGCACACAUUAAUACAUUUAGUAAUCACCAUGUCUCGUGAGUAUGCUGUAUUUUAUUAAAAUAGUUUUUGUGUGAGUGGUGAUAGAUAUUAUGUACGUAGCACAGUUUUGUGCAGUUAUACUGUAUUGCGUUUUUGUAUAGUAUUGAUCAUUUCUGUAAUUGGGACAUGAUAGUGGCGAAUAAAGAGGUGGCUUGAGUCGCCCAAGUCCCCACUGAAGGGCGAGGCACCAAAUGUGAAAAAUGGACCUUUUAGACUUUAAAUGCUCAUCAUGACAAAUAUAUGAAUUAACAUGAUGAAAAGGUCGGAUACAUCAGAGUAAAACAAAAGUUUCACCCUUGCAUUUUCUUUUGUGAAAGGAGUCAAAAUGGCGCCGAUACUUAAUAGAACGGUGUCAUUUCCAUUUUAAGUACGCAUGUUUUUCGUAAUGUUCCAACUUUGAAAAAAAGUAAAAAGUUUAAAAACAUUUUCUUGCAGGAGUUGCCUCAAGAGACACGUUUCCUUAGCAACGGAAAAUGCGCGAUUCAAAAACAGUGACGUCACAUUUUCCCGUGAUCCUUAGCGACUGUGGCUUCAGCGCUUAGCGAAAGAAGCCCGAACCCUUUCUCUUAAGAGAUUUAUCGACUACACUAACCAACUAAACUAUCCCCAUAAGAGUUUUGGCACCGGUACGGCAAUAACAGUGCCGGGCGUGGGAUCGGAGGAGUAUUUAAUUUUUUUCCCCCUCUCUCCCCGGGACCGGCAUUAUGGAUCAGGACUAUGAGUCUAGGCUGCUAAGGCAAAUCAACAUCCACAAUGCGAAUGCCAGCCCAGUGAAAUCUCCUGGCGCCCUUCGAGCUCUUUCGCCAGCCAGCUCCCCGCUGUCGUCCCCGAGCAAGCACGGCGAUCGCUUCAUUCCUUCGCGUGCCGGCGCCAACUGGAGCGUCAACUUCCACCGCAUCAAUGAAAUUGAAAAGUCACACAAUCAAAACAGGAAAACGAAAGAUGGCACAGCAGACAGCAACAAAGCGGAUGGUCUCGCUUACUCCGCGCUGCUGAAGAACGAGCUUCUGGGAGCCGGUAUCGACAAAGUCCAGGACCCCCAGUCUGAGGACCGCCGUCUUCAGCCAUCCACUCCCACCAGGAGGAGCCUUUUUAAAUAUUCUUUGAGUACUAAGAGGUUUCUUGAAGAAGAUGGAAACGCAGUCUCUCCUUAUUCUUUAUCACCCGUCAGUAGCAACAGCCAGAAACUGCUACGGUCACCGCGGAAACCCAUGCGCAAGAUAUCCAAAAUACCUUUCAAAGUUCUUGAUGCUCCAGAGCUUCAGGAUGACUUCUACCUCAACCUAGUGGACUGGUCCUCUCUCAAUGUACUCAGUGUGGGACUGGGCACUUGUGUGUACCUGUGGAGCGCCUGCACCAGCCAGGUGACGCGUUUGUGCGACCUUUCUGUAGAAGGAGACUCUGUUACAUCGGUGGGCUGGUCAGAAAGGGGCAACCUCGUCGCUGUGGGGACUCAUAAAGGGUAUGUUCAAAUCUGGGAUUCCGCCGCAGGGAAGAAGCUCUCUGCACUCGAGGGACACACGGCCAGAGUGGGUGCCUUGGCGUGGAACGCAGACCAGCUAUCGUCCGGCAGCCGCGAUAGGGUUAUCCUGCAGCGGGACAUCAGAGCCCCGCCUCUCCAGUCUGAACGGCGGCUGCAGGGACACCGACAGGAAGUGUGUGGGCUGAAGUGGAGCACGGACCAUCAGCUCUUAGCAUCUGGUGGCAACGAUAACAAGUUGCUUGUGUGGAACCACUCGAGCGUCCUCCCAAUGCAGCAGUACACCGAGCACUUGGCGGCAGUCAAGGCCAUCGCUUGGUCGCCACACCAGCACGGCCUGCUGGCUUCCGGCGGGGGCACCGCCGACCGCUGCAUCCGCUUCUGGAACACCCUGACAGGCCAGCCCCUGUACUGCACUGACACGGGCUCCCAGGUGUGCAACCUGGCUUGGUCUAAGCACACCAACGAACUGGUUAGCACACAUGGUUACUCGCAGAACCAGAUCCUGGUGUGGAAGUACCCCUCCCUCACUCAGGUGGCCAAACUUACAGGACACUCCUACAGAGUUCUCUACCUGGCCAUGUCCCCUGAUGGAGAGGCCAUUGUGACAGGGGCAGGAGAUGAAACGCUCCGCUUCUGGAAUGUCUUUAGCAAAAUGAGAUCCACUAAGGAGUCUGUGUCAGUCCUCAACCUUUUCACCAGGAUCCGGUAGUGAGCACACUCAGCACUACUGCGGAUGAAAAAUGGGAAUUCCCUUUUGCAUGCAUCAUGUCCAGGCUUUAAAGUAUUGACAUCAGUCAUCUGCAGACUAUCAUACUAUCACCACAGCCACACGUAGUAUUCAAUGAUCACGGACUACAAGUGGGGUGAACAGACCCAAUUGUGCAUAACGGCAAAAUAUUCAAUUUGUCCUUUAUAAUUUUUAAAAAUUGUUUAAUAAUUUAUUCUGUGUUUUUUUAUGUACGUGUACAGCAUUUUUUAGUAUAUUAUUACUUUUGUGUUUGUCGUAUAAUUGUGUCAUUGCAAAUUUUGGUUAAAUCUGGGGAGUUUGGCAUUGCCUUCAGGGGGUUUGGGUUUGCAGAAAUACGAGCGAGUCUUGCAUAUGUGAGUUUGUUUAAUCAUGCCAAAACAAAACAGUGUUGUUUGAGAGAGCACAAAAAUGAGAAAUUUAAGCCUCACCAGCCACUAGAAAAUAUAAAUAUUGCCUAUCAGGUUCAUUAGUAACAGCAAUUAAAGCCUUACAAUAUAAACAAUUAGCUGCACAGUAAAAAAUAUUCUGCUUUGUUAAUUUUAUGACGCUUGACUUGUGAUAUUUAUGUGCAGACACUUGUUUUGUUUCUGCAGGACAUCUUCCAUAUGUAUCAUCCGCAACCCUCCCCACAUUUUGACUUAUUUCCCCGUUUGAUUGCCGAGUCAACGAUUGUGCCAAAUUUACAUUAAUGCUAUUUAUUUGUGUUGUGUAACGAAGUUCUUGUACAGUAACGGCGUGCUUGGUGACUUCAUAUGAGUGGAGAAAAGCAGUUUAAUGCCACUUGAACGUCAGUGUACUUGUUAUCACAACUUGACUUACACAUUGAAUGUUCAAUAAUGUCUAUUUCUGUACUCAGGUAAUGGACAAUUAAAAACAUCAUAUCUUGUACAAUUA